UACAGAAUUUUCAACAGCACUUGUAGAAUGGUCAUGACGUCUGUGUCGGGACAUUUGUUGAACCUGGAUUUUGUGAGUAGCUACAGGAAAUGGUGGGUUGCUGUCAGUCGAUCGCCUGUAACGUUGCAUGUGACAUCGCAGCAAAGUUCCGCUGAAUAUGCCGUUUCCAUUCUCAUUUGCCGAUGGCAGGUCGAGUUUAAUAGCGGCAACUGCUUCUUUCUUGUCGCUCCCCUUGUUCUCUUCCGUCUUUCCUUGUUUGCGCUAAGCGAUCAUAUUUAUGGUCUACUAAUCAAUAUGAACCGACUAGCCCAGUAACAUGUACUUCUGGAUUACAUUUCUUUGGCGCUCCCCUUGUCCCCUUCCGUCCUUCCUUGCUUCUAGCGAUGUUUCGGUUUGACGUGAUGUGACAUUUUCAUGCUUGCGAGCUUUCCUGUGUUACCCAGAAAAUUAAGAGAAUCUCAAUCUUAUAGUGAUGAACUCAUCCUGCAAAUCGGUGCAAUAAGUAUCAACCAUGCAGCGUGGGGGGCGAUGCGUUUUGUACGUCGUCUGUACUGGAGUCUUCAUGAUUGCAUCUCAGAAACUGGCAUUUCAAGCUCCCACAAACGACCUGCCCGUGUAUUUUUUGUGCUGCACAACAGUUCUCUGGCCAUACCUAUGUACAGGAAGGCUGUACUUUGCCAUAUUCUGGAAGUACACAGCAGUCAUGUUUAUUAUCGUUUUCAAAAUAAUGGUUGAGAGUAAUAGAAUUGAAGUCAGUAAGCAUACAAAGACUGCAGAUAAAGGGACUAAACAAUGUUUUGUUUGUUCCACCUGUGUGCUAUAUAGGCAUGUUUCUGAUAUUGAGCCUUUCUGUCCCUAUUCAGCUUUUUGUUGUGUUAAUGCUACAGGAAUGGCGUAGUUUAUGUAUUUUGUUUUACAUGGUUGACAUUGCUCAAUGGCUUAUUGUUUCUUUAAUUUGCUAUUCUUCCCCCUCCCCCCCUAUAUGUGUGUGCGUUGCUGCUUCCAUUAUAUUUGGUUGCACGUCUAUCAUGAACCACACAACCUUCAGCUUACUAAACAUCAUCACAAUCCAGGCUUAGAUUUGAUGUUUCCUGUUAGCGUUUUAUAUGCAUGAUGACCUCGGGGAGUUCGUAAGCUGGUUCAUAGUGUGUCAUUGACAGGCAGGACAACUACAGCACUGUGGCAGUGCCUGUGCCUUUCUUGUUUUCGUUGUGUGUGCUUAUUUAACACUAACCUUGGCUUUUGAGUCACUAAUCUUGAACUAAAAAGUGCAAUAAUCUCGUUUUAAUCUGGAAUAAGUCUUUGCAGUUUUUUUCUCAUGCAGUUGAAGCACCAGGGCCGCGAUUUUAGAGUGAUGCCUUCUGCUGGUUUCUAUUUCACUCUUAUCAUGCAUUGUUAAUGGCCAGCUGAUCCCAUUGAUAACACAGGAUGAGUGUUGCUUGGUCCACUGAUGAAGCCCGAAAAUUGAUAGUAUCAGAAAAGGAAUCGCUACAAGAUCACAUCCCUGUAGUGACUGAUAACCAUGAAACCAUAGGCAUUCAUGUGCUCCGUCAGAGCUCUUUGAUGCUCCAGUUGCAGAGAUGUGCCCCGACCAAAAAUAUGAGCUUAUUAAGCAAACACUGGAAAGGGAAGUAAGGUACUGUGACACACUUAUCAUUUGGACGGACUGUGACCGAGAAGGCGAGAACAUUGGUUUUGAGAUCAUUGGCGUCUGCCGAAAAGUGAAGCCAAAUCUGAGAGUCUACAGAGCCCGGUUCUCUGAAAUCACACCUGCUGCAGUGACACGUGCGGUUGCCAACUUAACUGACCCUGACGCAAGGCUCAAUGCAGCUGUUUGCGUGCGCAGAGAGCUUGAUCUCAGGAUAGGUGCUGCAUUCACUCGGCUGCAAACUCUUCGGCUGAAGCGAGAGUUUCCACAAGAGUUAGGCGACCGUCUUGUCAGCUAUGGUAGCUGUCAGUUUCCUACACUUGGAUUUGUAGUUGAGAGAUAUCGGGCCAUCCUCAACUUUGUUCCAGAGCCUUUCUGGAAAAUUGAAAUGUUUCACUCGAAGGAUGGUAUAAAAGCCGAGUUUUUGUGGAAACGGCAUCGGUUGUUUGACUACCACGUCUGUUUCCUGCUGUAUGAGCGGUGCCUACAUGGGAACCCUCCUCAAGCAAAAGUGAUUGAAGUCAAAAGUAAACCAAAGUCAAAAUGGCGACCACAACCUAUGGACACUGUGGAGCUGGAGAAACUGGCAUCCAGGAAACUCCGUAUGACAGCCAAGGACACUAUGCAAGUGGCGGAAAAGCUCUAUACUGAUGGCUUCAUUAGCUACCCACGUACUGAAACCACCAAGUUUCCAGCUGACCUCAACCUGAGCUCUCUCGUGGAAGCCCAAACACAGGACCCACGUUGGGGAGAUUUUGCACGUCGCCUUUUGCAAGAUGGUUUGACUCCACGGCAGGGCAACAAAACAGACCAGGCUCACCCACCUAUUCAUCCAGUCAAAAGCGCCCUUAACCUGGAGGGUAAUGCUAAAAGAGUGUAUGAGCUUGUGGUGCGCCACUUCCUUGCUUGCCUUUCCAAGGAUGCCGAAGGGAAGGAGACCACUGUGGAAGUAGAUCUCGGUGGUGAACACUUCAUUGCCACUGGCCUUGUCAUAUUUGCCCGAAACUAUUUGGAAGUCUACAUAUAUGACAAAUGGAAUGGAAAGGAAAUUCCAGGGUAUCAGGAAGGGGAGUGUUUUGUUCCAGACACUGUCAAGAUGGCUGAAGGGGAAACAACACCUCCGCCUUUGUUGCGGGAGGCUGAUCUGAUUGCUCUGAUGGAAAAGCAUGGCAUAGGCACUGAUGCAACCCAUGCAGAACACAUUGAGACAGUAAAGAACCGGCUGUAUGUGGCUUUGACAGGUGACGGGUACCUAGUUCCUGGUGAACUUGGCAUGGGAUUGGUUGAAGGUUAUGAUUCUAUGGGUCUUGAGAUGUCAAAGCCUCACCUGAGAGCAGAAUUGGAAGCUGACCUUAAGAAAAUAUGUGAAGGCAGAAAAAAUGCUAAAGAUGUACUAAGGCAUCAGGUGAAUCUCUACAGGGAUGUCUUUUACGACUCAGAACGACAGAUAAAAAAAUUGGGGGAAGCUCUCAAAAGGUACCUGGGCACUGGACAACGGAGUUCUUCUCCAGGACCCAGACAAAACAGUGCACGAGCAGGCUCUAACAGGGACAGCAACAACUCUGCUGCUCAACCACAGAAUCGACGGGGAGGUGCCACAGGUGGCGGUGGUCGUAGAUGUGGCAUUUGCAAUGAAGAAGGACAUGAUCGACGACGCUGUCCACAAAGGCCUUCAUAAGGUGUUCUUAGUUGGAAGCAUGCAGCACACACUUGACAAAUCUCGUUUUUAUCGAGAAGCUGUUAAAGCAACUGUUAUAGAUCUUUACACCAGUUUUAGUGUCAUAGCUUACGAAAACUACUGCAGGAUUUUUACCCUUUUACUAAUAUAGCUUUGAGAAUAAAUUCCAUAUAUUUAUUCUAC